AUGCUUGACUGGAUUCAAGCUUUUCAUAACCAUCGUGGUCUAUUCAUUCGUGCAUUCUAUUCAACUGAACCAACACGAGUACCGUUUUCAGACGACCCAGAGUUCACCAUGGGUGACCAGAAUGGUCGUCUGGACUCACCUCUGAGUAGCCAUGAGUUCGACAAAUCUGUAAGUCCACCAAGUCUUGACCGAAACAUUGCUAUUUCACUGUUUAGAUCAAAUACUUCAAGUCCAUUGCUGAAUACAGAGCCUCUUCCACUUGAUGAUCAAUCUCAUUGCCCAUAUUGUCAUAAGGACUUCAGAAAGCCACGUGUCCUAGAUUGUCUGCAUUCAAUGUGUGAAGACUGCAUAAUAGCACAGUUGGAUGGUCGGCGAGAUGCACAAAAAGCAAAUGAUCAAUCCACUCGCAAUCCUACGGAUUGUGAGCUGGAAACACCGAAACUUAAGGAGCGUCCAACUCCUCCUGGCGUUAUCCGCUGUCCGAUAUGUGCACAAGAAUCUCAUGUCGGAAACGAUGUGCGCUAUGUACAUACAAUGCUCCUUGAUUAUGUUCGUCUUGCGGAAAAUGAGGAAGCUGUAGGAGAACGACGUUGUCGAGCUUGUAAAUCUGAGCAGCCUGCGAUUGCUGUUUGUAAGCAGUGCCAGUCGGAUCUCUGUUCAAAUUGCCUUUCUGCUCAUAGCGUAAUGAGAAUGUUUGAAGGGCAUGAGGUCAUGACGUAUGCUGAAAUGGAACAGCGUGGUCAGCGUGGUGAUGUGCGUCCAGUGCAGUGCCCAACACACUCACUUCCUUAUAAAAUGCUCUGCGCUACUUGCGAGACACUUUGCUGUAAAGUUUGUCUUGAAAUGGAGCAUCUCAAUCACAAGUCGGAAAUUGAAAAACUGGCAGAUAAAGUUGAGAAAAAGUGGCGCGAUUCUAUGGCUGAAUGGAGCGCUAUUCCGGACAGGUCAGCAAGCCUUCACGAACAGUAUGAAGCGGCCAAAGUCCAUGUGGAAAUGGCCUUUGACGAUCUUUUGAAAGCGCUUGAGGAGGCGAAAACUAACAAGUUAGAAGAAACUCGUCAGAAGCAGGAGGUAGCAAUUGAAGACCUCUACAGGAAGAUGAAUCUAAAUGAAGCAAGAGUGAGCGAUGCGCUCAGAUUCGCUCGCAACUUACUCUCGAAAUCGAAUGGGAUGGAAUUGUUGGCUAGCCGUCGCAAAGUUGUGCAACAGCUCAACAACCUGGCCCAUACUAUGCCAGCAUUAGGAAUUCAGGUGGAGCUAGAAUAUCAGCCUUUAUCGAAAAAGCAGUUAGACACCCACAUGAAUGCCAUUUGUGGAAAUGUAAUUGGUGAGUCAUGGCUUUACAGGAAACUUCUAGGUAAUUCAGAUGCACUAAAUAGAUUGAGGUUUUCUGCCUCGGGUAUCUCAUCUGCAUGGAGCAAUAGCAUUGGACCCUCUCGCGUGACCGGGCCAGGGGGUGAUGCAUUUGGCUGGCCACCCAGCAGUCACCCUCCAGAUUUGCCAUCGCCUUCCCCUCCGAUACCGUUGAAGGAUGUUGCUCCGCCCAGUUUCACAAUCGGUGGACCUGGAGUUAUUGGUCAACCCACAAACACCAAUUCUUCAGUCACUGCAUCUGGAGGAAAUCAAGGUAGCUCUAUGCGUGAACUGCACUGUCCCUCUGGGUUCUGCUUGUCAGAGAGUGAUGACAUACUAAUUGCUGAUACAAACAAUCACCGUAUUGUCGUGUGUGGGCCUCCCCAUCCAUGGAAAAUUGGAAGACCUGGAACGGAUGACGGGCAGCUGUGUUUCCCACGCAAAGUAAUUGCUUUGAAAGGCGAAGUCACAAGGUAUGCUGUACUCGACAAAGGUGUGGAUGGCAAGACACGUGCCCAACUCUUUGAUCAACGUGGUGAAUUCAUCAAGCGCAUCAAUAUGGUGCCCUUGGUACCUCGCGGAGGAAUCGAGGUAUCUGCGGCUUCAUGCACGUCUUCUGGGCACCUUCUUCUAGUUGACACAAGUGGAGUGGUUUAUUGCAUUGACGUGGAUGUACCUAGAGUUGUAUUCUGGUUCGAUGCGUCAUCUCAUCUUGGCGAAGCAAGUGACGUCGCUAUUUACGAGAAGAACGUUUAUAUAACUGAUUUCAAACAUCACUGCGUACAGGUUUUCAAUACUGAUGGGCAAUUCAUUCGUAAACUGGGUGAACCAUCACAGACCCCAUACCCAAUUGGCAUUGACGUGUCAAAGAAUGGUGAUGUUCUGGUCGCGGACACACAUGGAAACCAUCUUCAUGUGGUGGUUUUCACUGCGGAUGGCACGCUUCAACAAUCCUUCACGCACAAUGAGUUUAGGCUCUCUCGCUGUGUUGGCCUACGUGUUGCUGGAAGCGGCCAUGUUGUCACUUUGUGCAAACAUAACCACACCCUUUUUGUGUUCAAACCACUCUACAUCCGUUGA